GCAAGCGCGUGUUCCACGCCAACGCAAAGACUUCAACCUGGCCGGAAGCGGAAGUGUCAAACCCAACGGCAACAACAACAACAACAACAACAACCUUUAUAAGACUGAAAAGCGGCCGUCCAGCAAGACAGCACAAAAAAUGGCAUCGACUGGCGAAAUUUGGCUGCAAUGGUUCUCAUGCUGCUUCCAGCAGCAGCGCUCACCCUCUCGACGACCGCACCAACGCCUGCGCAUCGAUCGCUCAAUGAUCGGUAAUCCCACAAAUUUCGUGCACACCGGACACAUUGGAUCCGCCGAUGUGGAGCUGUCCGCCAAUCGGUUAAACGCGAUCUCAACUCAAAUGCAGAGCAAGGGCGGCUACGAGACAAACUCAAUACAUUCGCUGCACGCCUGCUGAUGGAAAUCCCCCACAACCAAUGGCUAUUAAAAGCAUUUUGUGCAAUUUUCUUCGAAACAACAACCAAUGAGAAGGAGGCGAAGAAGAAGAGAAACUUUAUAAUAAAAACAACAACUUUGUAUUUAAAUAAUUCUUUGUUAAACGCGAGCUUGUUAUCAUGGUGACUGUUAGCGAUGGUGACUAAUAGAGGAGAACACGGAGGAACCAGCUGGGCGGUUGCUGACAACAGAAAUAGGUUCCACACAUCAAGAACAACAGAGGAACAACAACAAUAAGAACCAUGAGGAAUAUGAGAACUGACAAUGGACUCCAUAUGUACCAGCUACUAUUUAUAUAAAGAUCAUGCGUAUUAGCUAUAAGUCGGUACUCUAACCCCUGUAUAAACCGAGAACUGAUAUAUAUAAGAACUUUGUAAGCUCUUUUGUGAGUAUUAUAUAGAUGAAAAAUCACAAAAGUUGCAAAAACCAGUUCAAAGUCAGUCCAAGGUUUUUUUUUCGGUAAUACAUAUUGUACUUAAUGCCAAAACCAGAUCAGUUAAGAUCAUUGUGCAGUUUUUUUUCCUAUAGAGCAUGCGACAUGCAAGCAAAAUAUGAAUAAUUGUAAAAUCAUUUUUCCAUUGUAAAACCCAGAGAACACAACUGCCUUAUUUCGAAUUGCGUAAUGCCACAUUGAUCGAGAUGAUAUA